CAGGUUCUUUUCAUCCUCUUCUAAAAAUAAAUUUAUAUUAGGAAUUAACGCGCAAAAGGACAAUAUGAAUGGAAAAAAUUAAUCAAUAUUUUGGAUUAUUUGAUUAUUCGGAUAUUUUUAUAAAAAUAAUAAGUUUAUCAAGUUCUGGUUUAGUUUUCGUCUGCUAGACGUCAAAAAAUUUGUACGUUUUCAUGUUCAUCAUCAAUUUUGAGUUUUGUGAGGAUAUUUUAAUGUUUCGAGAAACUUGAAAUUCAAAUUAAUUGUUAGGAUGUACAGAUAUCUUUCCCUGAUUGAACAAAUAGUUCUUCAUUUUGGAGAAAAUGGAAACAAACGUCGAAUGUACAUGACAAUGGCUAAAACGAGAACGAAAGAAUACGAAGGUCGAAAAUUAAUAGGGUUCUCAAUGGAGCAAAUUUACGACGUCGUCACCGAUGUAGGAAAUUACAAGAAUUUCGUCCCUUUCUGUAAAAAAUCGGACAUAACAGAGCGAGAAAAGGGAUAUCUCAAGGCGAAUCUGAUGAUUGGAUUUCCUCCCAUCAAUGAGAGUUACACUUCAAAAGUAACAUGGAUUCAUCCCAGAUUAGUAAAGGCAGAAUGUACCGAAGGAAGAUUAUUUCAUCAUUUAAAUACUCUGUGGAUUUUUAGUCCUGGUCUGAAAAAUAAUCCGCAAACUUGUGUUAUCGAUUUUUCACUCUCAUUUGAAUUCAAAUCCAUAAUCCAUUCUCAUUUAUCGAAUUUAUUUUUUAAUGAGAUUGUUCGACAAAUGGAAAACGCUUUUAUUGAAGAGGCAAAAAACAGAUAUGGUAGGCCUUGUAUUAAAACGGUUCGAUUAGAAAGGUGAUCUCUGUAAAUUUUCUCCUUAAUUUAAAUAAAUUUUUAAUAGAUAAUUCA